UCCAGCUGGUCUUGUCAGUCAAUUUUUCAAAACAAGAUGGCAGACAGGGAGAAGUGGGUUUUAACUCUCUCAGUAUGUAUUGUUUGCUUGAUGGUGGCCCAAGCAGACAUAAUUGUCAAAGCUAGUGUGGGCCAGCUGUUUGUGUAUGAGUUGCAAAGAGAAACCUACCAGUAUGAAUUUGCACCAUUCCUCAUACAUCAUGGCCGUAGGAAUAAUGACCCUAUGGUGUUUAAAUGCAACAAGCAGCAGUUCCCAGACCUGCCCCGCUGGCUGCGCUUCACACAGCGCCACCCAUAUGACAACAGCUUCCUGUACGGUACACCCCUACCCCAAGACCUUGGCAUGAACAUCAUAGAGAUUUUUGUGACAAACAAACGAAGUUAUGACACUUUCAAGGAUCGCCUAGUUAUAAACGUCGGACCUGCAGUCAAGCAAUUGCCUUACCAGGCUGAAUUCUUCAUUGGGCUGAGGGAGAUUGAGAAGGUCUUAAUGCUUGAGAUUCAAGAGGAGAUAAAGAAGGACAUCAAGCUGAUCUGGGGAACUAAUAGUCUUGAGUAUGUCAACAUCACUUCUGCUCUGGACCGUGGUGGACGUGUCCCUCUGCCGCUGCCUGGACACUUUGAGGGUGUUUAUGUGAAGCUAGGGUCAGAUAAACCAUACUCCUCAUGUCUGCUGAGGCUGCAGACAGCAGAUCAUCUGCAAGAGUGUGAGGCUGGAGGGAGGAUAAGCGGAGACUGCAGUGUGUGCAGCUUCCCUGCUAACUGUGUGACCUGGUGCAAGUCAGCUCUGAUUGAUUUAUCCAGGCCUGUGCCUCCUCCUCCAGCACCAACCGUGGGUUCAGGCAUUCUGACAUGGGGAGGAGAGUUUAUCCCACCUGCAUCUCCACCUGAGAGAGACUUCAUCCCUGAUUACAUAGUUACCGUUAUUGUGCCCUUCGUUCUCGCUAUCCUCCUCUGCCUCAUUCUAGCUUACGUGAUGUGCUGCAGAAGAGAAGGAGUUCAGAAACGUGACGCUAUGACUCCAGAGAUCCAGCUGUACCAUCACCACACCAUCCAUGGGAACAGCAACGAGCUGCGGAACAUGGCAGGCAAUCGUGGUAGUGUGCCACAGCCCCUGUCUACACUCCCUAUGUUUAAUGCUCGAACAGGGCAGAGGGCACCUCCAGAGUACCCCUCUGACAGUAUCCACAUCCCCCUCAUCAUGGCCCAGCAGGAGCCAAAUGUUGACACUUUGCCCAGGAAAUAAUGAUAUGGAUCUUGGGAACCCAGUGAAGUACCGUAAUUUCCUGGAAAGGUUUUUUCUGCUCCCUGAGAUUGUUUUGCUGAUCAGGAUUGUGUGUUUUAAUCUGUGAAUUUGAAUCAGUCUAAUGUUUGUGCCAUUCUAUUUCAUUGUACCAUGUGGCUUCAAGUACACCAAUUAAUUGACCCUAUUUUUAAAGUGUAAUGCUAAUAUUUAAAAUGGGUUUUUCUUAUUUAUUUAUUGGCAUUAGGAGUUGAUACAUGUAGAAACUUUAAGAUUGUAAUUAUCUUACAUAUUUACCAUGGUAAAAACAUGUCCUCCGUCCACCCAAAUCCUCUCACGUAUGCAAAUAUGUCAGUAUGUCAGUCCAGUGAAUCAAAUGUUAUUAAACUGGCUGAAAGUAAGCAGUAUAGAUUGCUUGAUGUUGUAGGAAGGCAGUGAGGCCAUGGCAAGAAGAUGACAUGCCGAACAUUCCUUUAACCACUUUAACAACAUGCUUUAUUUCAGCAUUCAAAAUAAUUAAAAACAUCUCGAAAUAUUAUACAUGUACAAAAUAAGUACAGAUCCUCUGUUUGGAACCAUUAAAGUGUCUGGUUGUGGUUUUCGUUCUGUGCCGCUUUAUUUAACUAAAAAAAACAAUUGCAUGAAAACCUAAAUAAAAAACAAAACCAAAGGUGUGCAUUGCGUUUGAAGAGGAAAAAAAAGAAAAAUUGACAGUCGGGGGACCAUGUGCAGACACAAAUAAAAAUUUCCUCAAAGAUUUAGAGGGAACCUGGGAAUCAAACUGGCAAUCGGUCCACCUGCUUCACUCACCUACAGUAAGCAUCACAUUCAGCUUUUAUUUUUCUUAAGCCACAAUAUAAUGAGAGAAAAAUUUCAUCACAUUUAAAAAAAGACCAAAUAGCACCAAACAGGUCCCAAAAGCACAAGAGACAGAACCAAAAACAUGAGCAUUUUUUUCUGUUCUGUUGGUCAAACACAUAUACACCAUAGUUAGGACCUGGAGAGGAAAAUAGCACCUUUUUCACAAAUGUCUUGUUUUUAAUUAUAAUGGGAUUUUUUUAGUGGUAAUAACCUGCCUUAGUGUUCCCCAAAACACCCAUAGGUAACAAGAUUUCUUUGUCCUGAGGUAGCCAUUACAAGUUUGAGUCUAGAGCCUGUGUGACAUAAAGAUGGGAUGUGGACUCCCUUUCGGCUGGAAGAACAAGACACUUAAUUGUCAUUUUUCAAAUUUAUUUAACACCAGAAAACGGUACAUUAGCACUUGUGUGUUUUUUCAUUGUCCUUCUGCAGUGGCAAAUAGAAAAACGGCAAAAAAGUCACCGGUAUUUUCACGACCUUUUGGGUUGUUUGUUCCUUUUUUUGGCAUCUUUAAGGGGGAAGGGUUGGCCUUACACUUUAUAAGAACAGGUAUAUAUUAUUUUCUUGUUGCCAAAUGACUCAAAAAGAUUCUUGCUAAGUGUCCAUGAUGUUGACUGAUUGGCAAUAGUGGUCCUCAAAUAAUUUUCUUUCAAAAAAAAAAGAAUAAGAAAAGCAAAAUGUCUCUCGAGAUCACAACAAGCAUCGUCCUCAAGGAUGUUAAAGUGUAAGCACGUGGACUGAUUGCAGCCGAAUGAGUUUUUUUUUAUGCAUAGAAAAAGAUUUGGAGAUGAUUGCUAGAAACAAAACAACAUUUUUUUUUUUAAUGUCCAGAUUUAACUUUUUACAAGAAGCAGACUGGGCCAACUUCUAUGC